AUGCUGUCGGUGCUCAAGAACGCGCUGGUCACCGGCGCCAGCAAGGAAGACGUCGCCAUUCGCAAGAAAGAACUCGACUGGUUUGCGCGAAACUGUUGGAUAAUAACUUCGCAGUCCACCGUGAUUGCGGGUUUUUCUUUUUCGCAGCUUUCCAAGCCCCCGGACAGCAGCAGCAGCAGCAGCAGCAGCAGCAGCAGCAGCAGCUUCGCCGCCGUGCUGCACCUCGCCCUCACCGGCGUCUCCUUUGCUGCUGCCCUCACUGUCCUCGUCCGCGCCACGCUCACGGGCAUUUACGCCCAGGGUGACUCCCGCUGCUGCUGCUGCUGCUGCUGCUGCUGCUGCUGCUGCUGCUGUUGUUAUUGUUGUUGUUGCGGCUGUGCCGUGGAAGGCGCGCAGCAGCAGCAGCAGCAGCUGCUGCUGCUGCUGCACCGUGGAAACCGCUGCUUCUGCCGCCGCCGCUGCUGCUGCUGCGCCGUGGACACCGCUGCUGCUGCUGCUGCUGCUGCUGCUGCUGCUGCUGCUGCUGCAGGUCUGGCGCUGCGGGGCCCCGCGGGCUUCAGCGACAUGGCAGCAGCAGUGUCGCGGCUGCGAGCAGCACAAGACAGGAUUCUGCAGCUGUUUGCUGCUGCUUUGAUUUGCUUCGUCUUUUCCAGCUUUACUGUUGUCUUGGCAAAUGAAAAGCAAAAAAAAACUUCUUUAAAACUCCAAACAGCCCUUGCUGUUGCUGCUCUGGCCAUGGCCCUCGUGGCCUGGCGUUCGCUGCGUCUCUUCUACCACAAACGGUGCCUAGGGUUUAGGGUUUAG